ACUGCCGGUUGAAUCAAAGUUCCCGCUAUUUAUUAUCUGUGUAAUCUAACACUGCUUGAUAGUGAUUGGCUAUCACAAGGAUCAAAGGUUUGGGCUGACCGAGGUUCCCGUUCAGGUCCGCAGGCAGUAUCUUGAAGCUGAUUGGUUGACCAGGCAAGGUUGAAGCUGAUUGGUCUGUUUUCGAUCCUAUUGCUGAAGUUGCUCCUAGGUAGUUCAUAUAUAUAGAGUGGCUUGGUUCAGUUAUGCUUUGUCCUGCCAAAUCACUGGGUAGUAAUAGUUCUAUACCCUAAUUUACAGCUAAGUAGGUUACUCUCUGGGCUGCUAUCUGCUGAUUUUGACAAGACUCAGCUUUCUAAUUGAAGGUAAACAUUGUUAUGACCAUAGGAUAGAGAUUGGUGACAAAGGAUCCGGAUAUGGCUGCUUCUAAUGCAUCACUUCAUGCUGCAAAACGAGUGUGCCCUGAUCCCAUUGGUGAAUUCCAUGCUAUGAUUUGUGACUGUGGAGAUGUGUCUGUCCAGCAUUGCCACUGCCCUUGUGAUUCUUGCAACUAUUGAAGGUAAACAUUGUUAUGACCAUAGGAUAGAGAUUGGUGACAAAGGAUCCGGAUAUGGCUGCUUCUAAUGCAUCACUUCAUGCUGCAAAACGAGUGUGCCCUGAUCCCAUUGGUGAAUUCCAUGCUAUGAUUUGUGACUGUGGAGAUGUGUUUGUCCAGCAUUGCCACUGCCCUUGUGAUUCUUGUAACUAUAAGCCAGUGUCCAGAAAGACAGCAUAUCGUCAUGCUUUAGAGUGUAAGAAUGGACAGCGACUGUUUGCAGUUUUGAGUAGGCCCCAGAGCCCUCAACAGCAAAUUGAUGAACAAGAACAGUUCUCUCAAGAAAACGAAGAAGGAGAUGGAAAUGGGCAAAAUGUUUCCUAUUGUAAAGCACUGAUAGACCUACUGCAACUGAAGGGGUUGCACAAUAUGUCUAUAAAGUGUAUUGAAGUUAUUGUGCCAAUACAUCUUAAAGUUCAUGACAUGGUUAUGAUCAUGGGAGACAAUGACCAGCAAUGGUUUGGCCAAGUUGGGGAUUGUAACUGUGUGGAUCAGGAAAGGUCAAUUAGAGUAGCUUUCUACAUUCAAAGUCGAAGACGGCAGGAGUGUUAUGAAAGAGAGAGUAGGCAUGUGGACAAAGUUUCCAGAAGAAGUAUCAUUGGCCUUGCCAAAGGUACAUGGACAAACAAUGGCAAAGAAUGGAUUCCAGACAGUGCAUGGCAGUAGCUUUAUUCUUACAACAAUUGCUGCAUAUGCUUAUUGCUAGUCUAUCUAGUGUGUGUGUCUGUGUCUGUGUCUGUGUCUGUGUCUGUGUCUGUGUCUGUGUCUGUGUCUGUGUCUGUGUCUGUGUCUGUGUCUGUGUCUGUGUCUGUGUCUGUGUCUGUGUGUGUCUGUGUGUGUCUGUGUGGUGUGCACAUAGUAUGAUAGGUGCACAUCUACUAGUAGUGCUAUUGGCUAAACUUUCUAAACUUGGAAAUGAAAUAAAACAAUUUAAAUGUGGCAAAAUUUAACGUUUCUGUCAGUCAGAAUCCCACCCCAACACUUCUCCUGGUGUAUCUGGCAGUGUUUCAACCUUUCUUAUCUUCAAAGCCCUCGGACUUCCAUCCACAGGCGGACAGAAAGGUGUGCUUAGAUCCCAGAAGCCCGGAGGUGUUUUGGGAGGUGGACGGCAUGGAGCUUUGUGACGAAGGCACUUCAUCACCGCUACUCGUUGCUCUUCUGUUUGGAAGGAACGCACAAACUCUUCGCAACAAGGACACGUAUGCUGUAUCCACUUCCUUGAUUCAGAGGGAUUGUAGGUACCUCGCUUAGGCUUGGCUACACGGUAGGGCUUGCUGUAUCUACAGACAAUUUGUAUUAUUUGGUAUGCAGCCUAACUAUGAUAUAGAUAGGCUAGUGACUGUAUACACGCGCUGUAUGUCUAUUGCCGCGGAAUCCCGCCAUGCGUACAUGACUGUGCACUAGUAGUAAGCCUACCGUCUGUACACGUAUUUUAUUUCUGCAGCUAACCUGGUGUCUUCAGUGCCAAUGUAGAGUGGUCGAAGCGUGCCGCCUUUGAUGGUCUUAUUAGUACAGUAGAGCCUCGCUAAUCCGAAUAGCUCUGUACCAGACUCCGUUCUUACCUGUUCGGAUUACUGAAUUUGUUCGGAUUAUCAAAAUACGAAGCCUUGGAGACCCAGACAUAGCCUUGACAAUCCAGACCGUUUGCGCAUACAUAUGUCAACAAUUACAUGCCUACGCAGGGACAAGAAUUCUUGCAACGCAACUAACUAAGUAGGUAA